AUGCCCGAGGCGAAGCAUGGACUGCGCAAGGCGACGACUAUAAGUCUCCGCCGGCUCAAAGAGUCGCCAGAUGUCGAGACGUUAACGCGCCCGGCAACCAUGCCACCCGCGACACUGUCGCCGCUGCCUAGCCGUUCGUCGAUGCGUGGCGAGGUGCUCCAGCCAACAACAUGCGGCGGCGAGCUGAAUGACGUGCUAUGCCGCCCCAAAGCUGCCUUUUCGACGCGCUGUUUCGGCUGUGGCGGCCUUCCCGAGAUGUGCCUCCACUGCUUCUCCAACUGCAAGAAGAACGAUAUGACCAAGUACAAGCAGAGCCUCGCCAAGGGUGUCGAGUGGCUCUUUGUGAAAGCCACGUCGCGGGCGUUUAGCCAUCUCUCCGAUACGAUCACGCAAUGGGUCUUUGGCAUGUGGAAGUUCUACUACCAACAGAAGAAGCUGCACCGCCAGUAUGCGCUCCGGCUCGUCGAACGCCAAUGGCUCAAGCGCGUCAUGAGCUCGUGGCGCAUCCAGGCGAACGAUCGACGCGCCUACGGUGCGCUCGUGUAUGCACAAGGCGAACAUACGCGUGUCGUGGCGCUCGAAGCAGAGCUCCAGUCGCUUACAGACACGCUCGCCGACCUCAAGCAAGAACACCAAGUGCGCGCGCACUUGGACGCAGACAAGAUGGCCAAGUUGCACGGCCUCAUUCAAGAAGAGAAGCAGCGCGUUGUGGAGAAGAACAAGGAGCUCGCUGCGAUCAAGGGCCAGCUGGCCAUUAUGCAAGCCAGCUUUGCCUCGCUGGAAGCCAAAGCGGAGAAGGCUGAGAUGCUCACGGCGCUCCAAGCCGAGCUCUUCGACUACAAGAAAGUGUGUUUUCAAAUGUCCCACGAAGUUAUUUCGCAAAUGGAGCGCCAAGUGGAAGAAUUUACGCUCUACGACGGACGUCAAUACUUCCACGACAUUUUGUCCAAUGACUUGGUCCAUUCCCUCGAUUUGAUGGAAAACCCACUCUUGUACGACCCCAGCUUCAAGCUCACGAAAGACAUGCGCCGGGAAGACCGCGAAAAAGCCAAAAAAGAAGCUAAAAAAGUGUCGCCCAUCAGCUCGGCCCCCGUGGAUCGCGCCGAGCGCAUUCUCAUGCAGUGGGUCAAUUAUCUCUUGCUCAAGAAAUCUCCACCCGACUGGCUCAAGGCGACGCGCAUCUCCAACUGCAACACCAAUCUUCAAGAUGGCAAAGCGUAUGCUGUCGUGACGCGCAUCCUCCACGACGCCAUGUGCAAUUUGCGGCCUCGAAAAAAGACGUUCGAGCCCGCACUGCAGCGGGAGAACGGCGUCGCACUGACCGACCAAGCGGCGGAGCGCUACGUGACCUUGAUGAGCAACGAGAGUGACGACGAGCGACGACUCGAGCUCAUGCUCAACACGAUUGGACAGGCCAUGUGGCUUCCCUGCGAGCUCGUGAAAGCCCAGGACAUUCUCGCCGGCGAUAGCGAUUUCAACUUGGUGCUGCUUGGAUACCUCUUCUGCACGUCGCCGCCCGUCGUCGAAGACAACCACACGGAGCACUGCAAUACGCUGAUGCGCCAGCUCACGCUCGAACGCGCAAAGUGGCGCGAGUUAAAAGAAAUAGCAGAUGCCAACGACGUGACCAGCGACGUCUCGAAAAAGAUCAAGCUGGCACUCGCCCACUUGCUUGAAAUGAAAAAGAGACUGGAUACCGAGGUCAAGAAAGCCCACGACGGCCACGUCGUGUGGUGGAGGAGCUCCCGCAUCGUCUUGCGCAAGUGCUUUUUAACGCUUUCGAUGAUGGCCCACGGCAAGUCGGGGUUUAUGGUCGCCGCCGAAAAGACUGCGGACAACGACGGCUUUCUCCUCGUGCCCCGCGACCGCAUGGGAUCGAUUCUGUUCGACCACGAAGACGCCAAGUGGGAAAUCGACAUGCUCCAAGGCUACCUCAAUAGCGUCUACAACGACCUCUCGCGCAUCUACCGCAGUUAUGCGAGCCGUGGCGCCACAACCGAAGUCAGCGUCAUGAGCUACGGCGGUCUUCUCGAACUGCUCUCGGAGUGCAACAUUCCCGACUCCAACUUUGCUCUCAAGGACAUGGAAGCCAUCUUUGCCGCCGUGACCGACACGAAGACCGACAACAAUGGCGACGGCGAUGCGGUCAAUGUCGACGUCAACCGCGCACUGCUGCCCGCGGAGUUUAUUGAAGUGCUCAUCCGCAUCGCUCGCAAGCGCUAUAGUGGCCCGUACAAAACCACAGCGCUCUCCGAGUCGUUUUGUCUUCUGGUCGACAACCAGAUUCUGCCAUUCGCGUACCAGAACGACGCCGAAAAGUUCCAAAAACAGAUGGAGUCGCCGGGGCUGCGCAACAUGCUCAUCAAGUACCAGGACGAUAUGAAGGCCCUCUUCACGCGGACAAUUCUGGUAGUAUUCGGCGGACCAAGGCAAGAAAAAACCAAGACGACCAAGAUGACGGCGUAUACCCUCAUGAAGUUUGUGUCGGACCGCAGCCUCGAAGACGAUGUAUUUACGAACGAGCGCGCGCUCCAAGUUGUCGGCCACGCUGUCCGUGCGCGCGCCAUGUCCAAGACCGAACUCAUGCAGCAAGAGAUCACGUUUGACGCCUUUCAAGAAACGAUGGUCGCCAUGGCGUGCCACAAGAACCCGGACCCGUACGUCUCGGUCGAGAACCGGUUUCAGAAAUUUGCCACCAUGUACAUUGUGUCUGCUGCCUAA